ACUCUCAAACAGAGACAACGCAAUUCAGCAUGUCCAGUUUCUUCGUCACAACUGAUAAGCUUCGAAUCUACUUCUUAAUCACCCUGCUAAUCCUAACCUCAAAGCUCACAUCAUCCGAACCGUGCGGAACCCGGCACAAUUCAACUUGGCCAUGGCACGUCCAACUGGUGGACGCAAACCCAGCCAAUCGGACCGUCUUCUGCGCUGGCACCCUGCUCAGCGCUCAGCUGGUGAUUACGGCGGCCCAUUGUCUGCACGACCGUAACGGAGAUCCCAUCGAGCUCGACCGGCUGCUGGUUCUGUUGGCCAACGGUGACCUUAGACCUGCCACGAACACAUUUUACCCCAAACCGUACGAUCCGAAACGGUUGGACCACGACGUGGCAAUGGUGGCGCUGGAUCGGAAGGUUGCGUUCAGCAAUCUGGUUGGACCCGUUUGUUAUGCGGAUUUCGGUAAAUUUGAAGAUGUUCGGAGCCCUGCCUUUGAGGGUCGUUCGUUGGAGAUGCAGAACGAGGAAGCUUGUCGGCAGACGACCACCAAGCUGUUUAAAAUGACGUACGAAAAGGCGAUUUGCUUGGGCGCGUUUAAUGAAUCCCACCAGUACAAUCAAAAAGCUGGCAGUGGGCUGGUGAUCGAUUCCGGCUCCACCUGGAUUCUAGUCGGCGUUCUGAUGUACACAACGGGGCAAUCCGCGGACCAAAUUGACUAUGCCGGAGGAGUCAGCAUCGAGCGAUACUACAAGUGGAUCGGGCGGAUUAUAAACCACUUCUCGGAUCCGGAUCUCGUUAAUAAAAAAUGCAAGCAGUACACUGGUGGUCGUGAAGCAAUUUCAAACAUCCUGUAUUCAGUGCAUGUAAUGGAUACACAGGUGAACCAGCUAUGCCAUGGAGUCAUCGUGAGUCCUCGUUUCGUGGUGACGAUAGCAGAAUGUGCUAAGAAAACUAAACGGAUAAUGGUCUACAAUGGACAGAGUUUUAAAAGUCAGGAAGUCUUUGCCAAAGCAAAGGUGCACUAUGAAGAAUGGAACAACAAGUUGGCACUCAUUGACCUAGGUCGUAACAUAAGUUCUCCCGGCUCGGUCAUCAGUUGUCUGUGGAAUGGACGCGUAGUGCAGAACUUCACCAAGGUCCUGUCCCUCCGUGGUGGGUCCCUGGCAGAGCAAUAUGUAAGCCACGUCCAGUACCGACCGGGAGCGCCGCUGCAGGUCCGUUAUCGCUGUCCGGCGCACCAGCAACACUCUUGGAAUAAAACUUUCGGCGAUCUGAUUGGAGUUAAAGUGGCUCGAGAACAGCGGCCCCGGAUUGCGGGCCUGCUGGACGGAGUUCCCCCGUGUGAUACGUUUGACCAUUUCUACAACAGGCAGAGAACGGCCGAGGCCAUCAGCUUGCAGCAGUACUUGCCCUGGAUUGAGGAUCUCGUUUGGAGAGGUGGAUCGGGAUAAGAAAACC